GUUUCCAUGGCGGCGAGGACUCACGCGCCGCAACUGCUGCGCAACUGUAGGGUCCCAGACUUCGGCCCCGCGGGAGACUGUGGUCCCCAAGCGUGUCAGCAUCCCCAUCUUUGCGCCGGCUGCUGCCCGCGGUCAGCCGGACCCCACCUUCCCGCUUUCUGGCCCUUGCGCCGACAUGGGCGACCUGGAGCUGCUGCUACCUGGGGAGGCUGACGUGCUAGUGCGGGGACUGCGCAGCUUCCAGCUGCGCGAGAUGGGCUCCGGAGGGUGGAGCCAGCAGCAUGAGAACCUGGAGAAGCUGAACAUGCAGGCCAUCCUUGAUGCCACGGCCAGCCAGGGUGAGCCUAUCCAGGAGCUACUGGUCACCCAUGGGAAGAUCCCGACACUGGUGGAGGAGCUGAUUGCAGUGGAGAUGUGGAAGCAGAAGGUGUUCCCUGUGCUGUGCAGGCUGGAGGACUUCAAGCCCCAGAACACUUUUCCCAUAUACAUGGUGUUACAUCACGAGGCCUCCAUCAUCAACCUCCUGGAAACGGUGUUCUUCCACAAGGAGGUGUGUGAGUCAGCAGAGGACACCGUCCUGGACCUGGUGGACUACUGCCACCGCAAACUGACUCUGUUGGUGGCCCAGAGUGGCCGUAGUGGCCCCCCUGAGGAGGAGGAGUCCCAGUACAGCACCCCCAUGCAGGAGCUGCAGAAGCAGGCAGACCUGAUGGAAUUUGAGAUCGCACUGAAGGCCCUCUCAGUGCUGCGCUACAUCACAGACUGUGUGGACAGCCUUUCCCUGAGCACCUGGAGCCGCAUGCUUAGCACCCACAACCUGCCCUGUCUCUUGGUGGAACUGCUGGAGCACAGUCCCUGGAGCCGGCAGGAAGGAGGCAAGCUGCAGCAAUUUGAGGGUGGCCGUUGGCAGACAGUGGCCCCCUCAGAGCAGCAAAAGCUGAGCAAGUUGGAUGGGCAGGUGUGGAUCGCCUUGUACAACCUGCUGCUAAGCCCUGAGGCCCGGGCCCGCUACUGCCUCACAAGCUUUGCCAAAGGACAGCUACUCAAGCUUCGGGCCUUCCUCACAGACACACUGCUCGACCAGCUGCCCAACCUGGCAGACCUGCAGGGUUUCCUGGCCCACCUGGCCCUGACCGAAGCCCAGCCCCCUAAGAAGGACCUGGUGUUGGAACAGAUCCCAGAAAUCUGGGAGCGGCUAGAGCGAGAGAACAGAGGGAAGUGGCAGGCUAUUGCCAAGCAUCAGCUGCGGCAUGUAUUCAGCCCCUCGGAGCAGGAACUGAGGCUGCAGGCACGAAGGUGGGCUGAGACCUACAGGCUGGACGUGCUAGAGGCAGUGGCUCCAGAGCGGCCCCACUGUGCCUACUGCAAUGCAGAGGCUUCCAAGCGCUGCUCACGAUGCCAGAAUGAGUGGUAUUGCUGCAGGGAGUGCCAAGUCAAGCACUGGGAGAAGCAUGGAAAGGCCUGUGUCCUGGCAGCCCAGGGUGACAGAGCCAAGUGAAGCCUGCAGCUGCUGAGGGCUGACCACCCAUGCCCUACAACCCACUAGAGUGUGCCCCUGAACCUCUGGAUCUCAGUCUGGCCUCUGCAAGCGCCCCAGCCUCCCAGGUGGUGAGGACAGCAGGCUGGGAGAGUUGCCGACCCGUCUCCCCCAGCAAAGCGCUCCGCACUUCCUUCCCCAUCCGGCGGCGGGUAGGCUUAGGGUGCAGCCUCAGCAAGCUCGGGCAGGAGGCCUGGGCGGGGGGCAAGGACCGGAUGUGGGGACCCUCUUCCUCUAAUACAGUAAAGUAAA